AUGAAACCCACUUGGCAGCCUCCGCGGGACUACCGCAAUCGUCCGGUUGCCAUUCUCGGCGCGGGUGUACUCGGUCGUCGAGUAGGUAUGUAUCUCGUCAUAAUAUAUCAUCUAUACAUCCCGGUUCUGACCAAUAUCGCUUCACUAGGUUGUAUUUGGGCAUCAGCAGGCUACAGUGUUCGACUUCGAGACCCCAGUGAGCAACAACGAGCGGACGCAAUCACAUACAUCGAAGAGAAUGUGCAGUCAUACAGUGUCAAGACUGGGAAGACUCCCGGAUCGUUUGAGGCAUUCAAAGACAUGAAGGAGGCUGUUGCAGAUGCCUGGCUUGUGAUAGAGGCCGUUCCUGAGAAGAUUGAACUCAAGACUUCUACAUUCGCAGAAUUGGAGACUACUGCUCCGGAAGACUGCAUCUUGGCGUCCAACUCAUCCUCAUACAAGUCCUCUGAGAUGAUUAGCAAAGUGUCCGAUCAAACAAAGAGCCGCAUCCUGAACAUGCACUAUUAUAUGCCGCCUCAGUGUAUGAUCGUGGAGCUCAUGACUGAUGGAUACACUGCUUCGGAGAUCUUCCCCUUCAUGGUUGAACGUUCCCAAGAGGCUGCUACCCUCCCCUAUGUUGCCAGGAAGGAGUCUACUGGAUUCAUUUUUAAUCGACUUUGGGCUGCUGUGAAGCGAGAAGUUUUGACAAUUAUCGCCGACGGCGUGUCUGUCCCCGAAGAGAUCGAUGACAUGUGGCUUGAGAUGUUCAUCAAAGGGGAAACCCUUCCAUGCCGCAUGAUGGACAAAAUUGGAUUAGACACCGUUGCCUUCAUCGAGAAUCAUUACGUGCAUGAGCGUGGACUAUCCUCGGAGAAGACGGUCGACUUUUUGAGAACCAACUAUCUGGACCAAGGCAAAUUGGGAAACAAGUGCUCCCAAGGUGGACUUUAUGCUCCGGACGACAAAUCGAGUACCCCGACGAACGGACCAAGAGAACCUGAAAUUUUGGUUUUGGACGUAGGGCUCUCAGCUUCUACGCCUAGCACGACCUCGGGACAAAUCCUGAAGCUGACCGCGGACGGGAGACACUACGAAGCAAUUCUGAAGGAACAAGCCCUGCCUGAUGGACUCGCUGUUGACCAAGCUUGCGGCCGCAUGUUCUGGACUUGUAUGGGAGUCCCCGGAAAGCCUGAUGGAGCAGUUUAUUCUGCCAAGCUUGAUGGGUCUGAUAUCAUAACCCUGGUCGCACCAGGCACUGUGAACACACCUAAGCAGCUAUCCCUGGAUCACUCGGCGCAGAAAAUCUACUUCUGUGACCGCGAAGGAUGUCGGGUUUAUCGUUGCUCUUUCGACGGCUCCGAUCUGGAAACUUUGGUAGACAACAUUGGGCACGAUCUUACUUCCCAAGAGAGUGUCAGUGACUGGUGUGUGGGAGUCACCGUGAGCCCAGCUCUGGGAAAAUUCUAUUGGACCCAGAAGGGACCACCCAAGGGUGGUAAGGGCCGCAUCUUCUGUGCUAAUAUCAUGACUCCCGAGCGUCAGUCGAUGGGCUCGCGCAAUGACGUACAGUGUGUCUUGAGUGGACUUCCUGAGCCGAUUGACCUCGAGAUAGACGAAGAAACUCGCACUCUUUAUUGGACUGAUCGGGGCGAAAUCCCAUGGGGUAACUCGCUCAACAAAACCACCUUGGAUGAAGCUGGGCUUGUUGUGCCGCCGGUCGAUACUCCUCGGACUUAUGAGACCAUCACCAGGGGUCUGAAUGAAGCCAUCGGACUGAAGUUGGAUGUGCCGAACUCUCAUAUUUACCUGACUGAUCUGGGCGGAUCAGUCUACCGGUGUAACUUGGAUGGUACUCAUAAGCAGAAAAUUUUCUCCGAAGAUUUGCGGGCCUUUACAGGUGUUGCUCUCCUGAGAUCUUGA